AACAUCUUCAACAAGUAACAACAUUUAAAUAGCUUGUUUCCUAGCAGUGAGUCUUUCAAUAGUCUUUACUUUACCCACUUCAAACUACAAUCGAAAUCCCCAAAAACAUCUCCAACAUGAAGAUCACUGUCAUGACUUCCGAUGAACAAAUUCUCACCUUGGAUGUGGAUCCUAACGAAUCUGUGGAAAACGUUAAGGCAUUACUUGAGGUUGAGACAAGUGUGCCUCUUCAGCAACAACAGAUUCUGUUCAAUGGGAAUGAGGUGAGAAAUUCUCAGAAGUUGAGUGCCCUUGGUGUUAAGGAUGAUGAUUUGCUAAUGAUGACGGUCUCUGGCGCUGGUGCUGCUCCUGCUUCUAGUGGAUUAUCAUCUACCAAUGAUUUGAGCUUCAAUACUGAUGGAUCUGCUGUAAACCCUGGUGCUUUUCAGCAGCACUUUAGACGCGAUUCUAAUUUGAUGGGUCAGCUCUUUCAGAAUGACCCGGAGUUGGCACAAGCUAUUCUGGGGAAUGAUCUCAAUAAAAUCCAAGAAAUUUUACGUUUGCGUCAUCGCCAAAGAGAUGAAUUACGGCGUCAGAAAGAAGAAGAGAUGGCUCUUCUUUUUGCCGAUCCUUUUGAUGUUGAAGCACAAAAGAAGAUUGAAGCUGCCAUCCGCCAGAAAGGAAUUGACGAAAAUUGGGAAGCUGCACUUGAACAUAAUCCGGAAGCUUUUGCUAGAGUGGUCAUGUUGUAUGUUGACAUGGAGGUUAACGGCGUACCACUGAAGGCAUUUGUUGAUAGUGGAGCCCAGUCGACCAUUAUAUCAAAAAGCUGCGCUGAGCGUUUAGGAUUGUUGAGACUCUUAGAUCAGCGUUAUAGAGGAGUGGCUCAUGGAGUUGGCCAAUCGGAAAUAUUGGGUCGGAUACAUGUAGCUCCAAUCAAGAUUGGGAAUAUAUUUUACCCUUGUUCAUUCUUAGUUCUGGAUUCUCCCAAUAUGGAGUUUCUCUUUGGUCUGGAUAUGCUCAGAAAGCAUCAGUGUAUAAUUGAUUUAAAAGAAAAUGUUUUGCGAGUCGGUGGUGGAGAAGUUUCUGUGCCAUUUUUGCAAGAGAAAGACAUACCAUCUCAGUUUUUAGAUGAGCAGAAGUAUUCUAAGGAAGCUUCAAGCUCAGGAAACCCUCUCCCAGUUACAUCAGGUGGCAAUAAUCCAUCACAAGGUGGCACAUCUUCUGGUGGAGCUUCUGGUGACAGGUCUAAGGACUCUGCAUUUGAAGCCAAAGUUGCAAAGCUUGUUGAGCUAGGAUUUGGAAGAGAAGCAGUUAUACAAGCUCUUAAAUUAUUCAAUGGCAAUGAGGAACAAGCAGCUGGGUUUCUUUUUGGGGGCUGAAAAGUGCAUUUCGUAUUUGAAAAAAGGAUUAAUCAAUUUAUUACUUCACUUGAUUUUUGUUUUUUGCUAAUUUCAUUUCAAAUUGUAAAAACAAGUUAUAGGCCUGAUGAUUACAUAUACAGUCCAUUGUUCAUACUGUAAGGAAUGUUUCUAUUUGAUUGAUAAACUAACUUAUUGUUUCUCAAUG